CAGAUUGACCAGCCCUGACUCAGUCUGCCAGCUCCCCACCUGCCAGCGUCUGAAAAGGAGCAGCCCAGCCCACAUGCCGCCUCCCGCCCCUGACUUCCCUUGAUAACAAACUAGAAACUGAAACAGGGUCGGGAUGCCCGGCUUGAAGUUGGAGAUGAGUCACCAUUCAGAGCAACUGCAGUAGCUGCGAAGUGGCGGCAGAGAGGCAGGCGUGAGCCGGGGGUGCAGAGACAGGCAGCGCAUCUGAGAGUCCCCACGGAGCAUGGCAGGCAGCCCAGAAAUUGUGGCCAUGGACUGUGAGAUGGUGGGUUUGGGUCCCCACCGGGAGAGUGGUCUGGCUCGCUGCAGCCUUGUGAACCUCUACGGCACCGUGCUGUAUGACAAGUUCAUCAGGCCCGAAGGGGAGAUCACGGACUACAGAACCCGGGUCAGCGGGAUCACUCCUCAGAACAUGGCAAUGGCCACCCCGUUUGCCGAGGCAAGGAAAGAGAUCCUGUUGAUCCUGAAAGGCAAGCUGGUGGUGGGUCACGACCUGAAGCAUGACUUCAAGGCACUGAAGGAGGACAUGAGUAGCUAUACCAUCUAUGACACGUCCACCGACAGGCUGCUGUGGCACGAGGCCAAGCUGGACCACUGCAUGCGCGUCUCCCUGCGGGUGCUGAGCGAGCGUCUCCUCCACAAGCGCAUCCAGAACAACCAUCUCGGACACAGCUCAGUGGAAGAUGCAAGGGCAGCGAUGGAACUCUACCACCUCUCCCAGCGAAUCCGAGCUCGCCAAGGGUUGCCCCGCCUGGCCUCGGCGUACUGAAGCUGAUCCAGUCCCCUCCCCAGGGGCUUUCUUCAAGAUGGCAACUCUUGCUUUUGGAAAGUGCAUCUUUGGUAGUAAAAUGGAUCUAUAUUUUGUCUAUUCCAUGA